AUGGCCGACACCAUAGAACAAGUCUCACAAAACUACCCCAUACCCAGCAGCGAGUACCUCCGGAAUGAGUUGGAGACACUACAGCAGGCAUUCGAAGAGUUACAGCAGCUCGUCGGCGGCCUCCCGGAGUGCUUCUGCGUCGACAACGAGCCCCCGCCGCAGGACCCCGCCGACAACGGCUGCGACUGCGACCCUUGCAACUGCCCGACCGACAGGCACCCGUGCUACGAGGGAUCCGAGUUCAACAACGGCGACCAGAGCAACGCGGGCCUUCGCGGCGCGCUGGCCAAGCUCCAGCGCCGGGCGAACGCGCUGCUAGCUGAACAGGACGCCGGCGGGGCGUGCGAGUGCGCGGGGAGGGCCCCGCCGGUUCGUCCGGGGAAGCCGCUGAUCUCUAGAGGAAAGCCGCUGAUUUCUAGAGGAAAGCCGCUGAUUUCUAGAGGAAAGCCGCUGAUUUCUAGAGGAAAGCCGCCGAUUUCUAGAAGAAAGCCGCCGGUAGAGCACCAGACUGAGGAUCCGACUGAGGAGCAGUCUGAGGGGCAGUCUGAAGAGCAGUCUGAAGAGACUUCUGGAGACCAGACUGGGAGUCAGACUGAGGAGUCUUCCGGAGACCCUUCUGAAGAGCAGUCUGAAGAGACUUCUGGAGACCAGUCUGGGAGCCAGACUGAGGACCAAGCUGAGAGCCACAUUGAGGAGUCGACUGAGGAUCCUUCUGGAGAUCAGUCUGGGGAGCCUUCUGGAGAGACGACUGAGGAGCUGACUGCGAGCCUGACCGAGGAUCCUUUUGGGGGGGAGUCGACUGCGUACCUGGACGAGACUGAGGACCAGACUCAGGAACAGACUCAAGACCAGACUCAGGACCAGACCCAGGACCAGUCAGGCUACGACACCUCCACCUUACCUCCAGUCAUCCCUCCUCGGAGAAAGCGACCGCGUGACGAGAUAGAGUAUGACGACUCCACCACCAUAGAUCCGUUUGACGACGACCCAGUGGACUCGACCGGGGAUUGGAGUUACGGCUAG